AUGCUUGAAGGAAGUGAUGCGAGUGUUGGGGGAGAUGUUCGCCCUUGUUGUGGAGAAACGAACCGGUUGCGUGUUGGCAGUCUACGAGCCACUGGGAGUGAUGAGCUGCGUAGCUGCCAUCACCUCAUCCUCACGGAAAAAGUUGAAAGGGAAUCUUUGCGUUCUCUCCGCUUGUGCACUUCCAUUCAGACACUGCGCUUCGAGGGCGAAUACCCUUUCGCUGACUUAAGCCCUAUUCCCGAACUGAGGUCGCUAGGCGAGUUGUCUAUUGAAGAAGCACCGAAGCUGGAAAACUUCGUUGGCAUUAAAAAUCUUCCCCAACUGAAAGCACUGGAAGUUGCUGAGGCCCCAAUUAGGGGAGGAUGCUUGCAGACCCUAACCGCUGGGUGCAACCUCGUAAAACUCUGCCUUGAUUCGUGUCCCUAUUUGAAGGAUGUUUCACCUCUUGCUGAGAUGACAGCAUUGGAGCAUCUGGCAAUAUGUAAGUGUGUGGGUAUUGAGACGGGUAUCGGUAGUCUUGGAAAGUUGCCGGCACUUCGCGAGCUGUAUUUGAUAGGCACGUCGAUGAGGGGCAACUCUCUUCGUGGCCUAGGCGCCACCACCAGUCUUUUGAAUCUCUGUAUAGUUUCGUGUGGUUGUCUAACGGAUGUGCUGCACAUCGCUGAUGUUCAGGUUCUGAGACAGCUUACUCUUGAGUCAUGCACAUCUCUGGAGGAAGGUGUUGGGAAGCUGGGUGGUUUGCCAGCGCUAUAUGAACUUGAUCUAAGUUAUUCCUCCAUUGUGGACGUUUUUUUGCAGGGUCUUUCUUCAAGCCGGAGUUUGGUAAAACUUAACCUUUCCUGGUGCGACCAGCUAACUGACGUCUCGCCCCUCGCGGAGCUGAAGACCUUGAAGUACCUUAAUCUCCAGUCGUGCGAGGCUGUGGUGGCAGGUAUUGGUGACCUGGGUAAGUUGCCAGGACUCUACGAACUUGAUUUGAGCUGCACACCCAUUACCGAUUGUGCUCUGCGAGACUUGUGCUCAAGUCGGAGUCUUGUAAGACUUGAUAUUUCUUCCUGCGAUAAUCUAACGGAUUUAUCAGCACUCGUAAGCCUCAAAACGCUAGGGGAGUUAAAUCUUGACGCGUGCACAGAGGUGAAACAGGGUAUUGGCAAUAUUUCUCAGCUUCCUGAACUCCGUAGACUAGAUGGAACGUGUUUGCCCAUCACAGACGACUCUCUGCGGGAUUUGAGCGCAAGCCGCAGUUUGGUGGUGCUUUGCCUCGAUACGUGCAUGGACAUUACCGAUGUAUCUUGCCUCGCUGCAGUGAAGACCUUGGAGGAAAUUAGCCUCAACUCUUGCCUGUCAGUGGAAAAGGGUGUGGAAGCGCUUACGACUUUGCCACGGUUGCGUUCCGUGAACUUGAGGGGUGUCAAAAUUGACAGUGAAGUCUUAUCGGAGCUCCAGGCGAGGGGAGUGAAUCUGCUUCGAUGA